ACGGAGACAGGAGAGGAUGCUGUGUCAGUGGAGGCUGAGGCUCAGUCUGCAAGCGCAUCAGCACCGACUGUCGACCCCUUCCCAACUUGUAGCCUAAAUACGGACAGUUGAAUUAGCAGUUAGCAAAAGGAGGAUGAAUCCGAAUUAGAGGGAUUUUUCUCCCCCACAUAUAAGCGUGCUGCCAAGGUUCUGUCGGAGUUUGAGCCCCUGUGCAGAUGGAACUGAGCAGAAGAAAAGUGCCUCUGUAUGGCGAAGCAAAGGUAUUUGCAUUGCUGGAUGGUUUUGACUCUGCGCCAGAAGAUGCAGAGGUUUACAUUGUUUUGGAAGGAUCCACACUGAUCCAUGUCACCAGGGCUCACAGUGAUGUCAUGCUCUGCUUUAUUGUCCCCGGCCAUAAUCUGGCAGAGAUGGUUUCUGUCCAGGCAUACCUGUGCUCUGAAACUAUACCUCUCACCUGGGUAGGCGAGGCUUCAUUAGAGUAUGUUCAUGAUGAUGCUCAGGACCUCGCAGAGCACCUGGUAAUCCAUGGACAUUGUCUGAACUCCACGGAUCACAACGAGCUGAGCAGCCUCUUCAACCUGGGCCAGCAGAGCUCCCAUUGGGCUAUGGAUCACCGAGUGGCCCUGGCUAUGGCUAACCUCGAUAUCCCCCCAAACUGGAAUGUACUCGGGAGCCACAGUGGAGACGAGCACUGUCCCAGAGAGUCUCCCCUCCACCUAGCUGUUCGAUGGGGUAUGUGUCGACUUGCAGAGCUGUUGCUUUGCCAGCCUGGGGGUUUGAUGGCUGUCAAUCUGCCAAACGAAAAUGGAGUCACGCCGCUGCAGCUGGCACAGACAGCAGGCAACACUGAACUGUUGGAGCUGCUCUCCAACCCACCCAAUCCACUAGCUACACCUCCCGCUGGUCUUACCCAGGUGUGGGCAGACAGAUCUCGCCUGCUUAGGUUCUGUCAUGACAUGGGGAACCUGACUCUGACUGUCAGACAAAACCUGAGGUGGAGCUCGGAGGAGAGCCGACAUGCUGACAUUCUGCUUCUCAGAGAGCGACUGAGAGAUGAGGACUUCCUCAGAGGGAUCAAAGCACUAAGGAGGGAGCGGGUGGAGACGAUCUUAGGGAAGGAAGAACUAGUGGAUGAUCCUGCAGACAGUGCACUGUAUCCUGACAUAAAUGGAGAAAACUCUGCCGUUGAAGAGAAUGUUCCCAGUUUCUACUCCGAAGUAUACGAGGAGCCGCUGAUGUUCUGUCUGAAUGAGGAGGACGAAGAAGACGAGCCUUCACAGUCUGACUCUGAGAAAAGCCAGUCCAUAAGGGAGAGCCAGGCCUCGUCUCCAACACUGGCUGCAGCUGCCAGACUGUCAGCGAUGAUACACGGCAAAGACCAAGUGUAUGCCAACGCCAUGCUGGUGGAUCAGGUGGACGAUGCUGACAUUAAAUACCGCUCUCCAGGGGAAGAGGAGGUCAGCCCUGCAUCUCAUGCUGACAGCUCCAGCUGGGAUUCGUUCUCUGUGACUCCCCCUAAUUCAGGGAACUGCUCCCAGAGCCGGUGCCUAUCGUCACCCCACAACAGGCUGAGGGGAAUCCAAGGUUCUGGCCUGGAGAACCACAGAGAGCAGUCCCCUCUUGUCUCCCCCCCCUGUCCUUUCGCUUCCUCCCCAUCUUUCCCUUCCUCGCCCCUGGCUUCCGCCCUCCGUUUGUUUGAGGAAGCACACAAGCGUCAGCCGCAGACAGGCUUGCCACGCUCUCCUUCUUUGAGUCGUAGAGGAUGCAGCUUCACAGAGGCAAGCCGAGGCCUGAGCCCUAGUCUAGAGUGUGACAGUGGAGAGGAGGACAUACUGGGACAUUCCUACCCAUCCUCAUCUAUAAGGCAACAGUCCACUCUGCGCUCUAGCUCAGGAGAAGAGAGAGACUCUUUUGACGCUUCUCCAGAUUUCAGUCGUGCGCAAUCCGACAUCACGCACAAAUCAACCAAGAGCCCAGAGGAGGCUGAGGUCCGUCUUCGCUCCUACUCCUACUCCUCCCCUAAAGCAAAGCUGUCACGGCCACUGCUAAACCGCGAUGCAACAAUCACUGAUUUGGAAGAAGAGCAGAGAACAUUCAACUUGACUGAGACGCCCAGAGAAAAGAGGAUCGAGGAUGAGGACUGGGAUAAAUACAUAAUCCCAUCUAAGGUCGAGUCAGAGAAGUACAAAGUCAGCCGGACCUUCAGCUUCCUCAAGAGCAGGAUGUCGAGCACUCGCAGCAAGACUAAGGUGAAGGGUAAAGAGGUGAAGGAGGGAAAGGAGAAGUCAGUCACUCCUAAUGGUCAUCAGUUUGUUCCUGUGUCUCCAUCUGGUCCUGCUCUUUGUGUGGCCUGUGAUAAGUCUGUUUCUGGGAAGGAGCUGUUGCAGUGCUCCAACUGUUUACUGAAUGUUCAUAAGAACUGUCGGGAGUCUGUUGCAGCCUGUGCAAAGAAACUGCAAGACAGGAAUGCAUUGCUGAUGAAGAACAAGGCCUUUUCUCUCCCGCAGAACCCUGUCAAAGAAAACCCACCAUCCUCCAUUUUCUCUUCUUCUUCCUGCCCGUCCUCUUCGCUUCCAACAAUGAACAGAGAAAAAAGAGAAACAGUCCCACCGCUUACUAAAAGCCUCUCUAUCUCUGCAGACAGCAGACGGCUGAGCGACUCAGCAGGUGCGGACUCUGAGUGUGCUGCUCCAACUUGCACUAUUAGCUCACUGUCUGAUGACGGGACACCAGUCACAACGACUCCCCCAGCCAUCGACCUGCCAAUCACCACACAAGAUACUGUUGAUGCUCCUUUACUGGGCGACCUGUCCGCUGACCUGCUGGGACUUGAAGCAGAGUCAUGGAGUCUUGCAGUCACUGCCGAAUUUUGUAGGCAACACGACAGACACACAAUCAAACGCCAGGAUGUUAUUUAUGAGCUGAUGCAGACCGAGCUGCACCAUAUCCAGACCCUAACGGUCAUGUCGGAGGUGUUCAGGAGAGGCAUGCUGGAGGAGCUGCAGCUGGAUUGGGACUGUGUGGCCCGGAUUUUCCCCUGUUUGGAUCCCCUGCUGGUCUUCCACAGGAACCUCUUCAGAGCUCUGCAGGAACGCAGACAGGCUGAAACCCAAACAGAGAACUCCCAAAAUUACAUCAUCCACAGGAUUGGAGAUAUACUGCUUCAGCAGUUCUCAGAUGAAAAUGCUGAGAAGAUGAAAAACUUGUAUGGAGAGUUCUGCAGUCACCACAUCGAAGCUGUCAACGUCUUCAAAGAGCUACAGCAACAGAACAAGAAACUUCAAAACUUUGUCAGGCAACAGAGCAAUAACUCGCUGGUCAGACGAAGAGAGGUCCCAGAAUUUAUCCUGCUUGUAACUCAGCGCAUCACCAAGUACCCAGUGCUGCUGGAGAGGAUAUUACAUUAUACCAAGGAGGGAAGUAUAGAACACUCUGACCUGUCAACUGCCCUGGCUCAGAUCCGUGAUGUUGUUGCAGCAGUGGACCUGACUGUAAAUAAAUAUGAGAAGUUUCAGGAGCUUCAGGAAGUGCUGGCCCGGCUGGAGAACAAAAGCUUUGCCAAGCUUAAGAAUGGCAAGGUGUUUCGCAAACAGGACCUGCACAGCAAACAUAGGGAUCUGCAGCACAAAGGGCUGGUCUACUGGAAAACAGCCACAGGACGUCUGAAAGAUACGUUGGCUCUUUUGCUCACUGACAUUCUAGUUUUCCUGCAAGAGAAAGAUCAGCGCUUCAUAUUUGCUGCUGUGGACCAGAAGCCUCCAGUAAUCCCUCUACAAAAGCUCAUCGUCAGAGAAGUUGCCAAUGAAGAGAGAGGGAUGUUUCUCAUCUCUGCAUCCUCAGCGGGGCCAGAGAUGUAUGAAGUUCAUACCACCAGCAGAGAGGAGAGGAAUGCAUGGAUGAGACACAUUCGACAAGCUGUAGAGAGCUGCCCUGAGGAAGAGGAGGAAGAUGAGCGAAGUGCUGAGACCGAGGAAGCCAGGCAAGCUGCAGAAAUGAGAAUUCAGAAGAUCACCAAGUUCCAAGAAACGCUGUUGGGUCAAGACCAACGAAUCUGCAACAGCCUGGAGGAGAAGUUGCAGCUUUAUGCUGAGCUUACAGAAUUAACCCUCCAGUCACCAGAACCUGUACCACAUCGCCACCUGCUGGUAGAAUCAGUACCAUACACCGACAGUGAGACACCAAGACAGGCCUCUUCACUGCUCACAGCUGCACUCAGAGAAGCUGAAAACCUGAUCACCAUUCUCCAGGCUCGUGAGGGCAUCGCUGUGCAGAGUCAGAGCUCUCCUGUCCGAGGCCCUGAGUGCUGCAGUUAUAACAGCCACGGCAGCAGCAUUCAGGAGUCUCCGUCUGAGCCGGAUUAUCUGAGCACGCUAAGCAUGAGCUCCGCCUCUCUUGGAUCUGAUAGUGAAUUAGCCGGGAUGGACAAUUCGUUGUGGAGCUCCGCUGUUGAGCUGAGAAAAGGAGAGAACAAAGGGACACUGGUGAAGGUGGCAGAGAGUGUCCAGAGCCUGACCCAACUUCUAUACAGUCUACAGGCAGCUGUGACCCUCCAGGACAGCUGCUAUGAAGUCCACCAGCUCCUUCUUCAGGAGGGAGAAGGACCUCAGCUCCGAACCCUCGCCUCCCUUCAAAGCAGCCUGGUAUCAGUCACAUCAUACCCACUGAAAGCAUUUUCUCAAUGUAAAACCUUACACGUUUUGAGGAAGCUGAGAUUGCACAAUCGGUGGCUGACUAAAUACUUUUUUGCCCCACUGUAUGUCAACACAUAUAUUGUUGUCCAGGAGCAGGAGAAGCAGAGGAGUAUUGAGAAGAAAAAAGAGGAAGUGGAAAAGAAGGGUUUAGAGAGGAAGAAAGAAGAGGUGGAUGAGGUGCAGAAACUCCAGGUGAAGCUGAAACAAGAGCAACAACGUUGGGACAAAGAAUGUCUGGCCAGAGAGAAACAACAGAGUGAACAGGAGACUUUGCUGGAGCAGCGGGAGCAGCAGUGUCUUCUGGAAGCUGAGCGGCUGCGCUGUGAGCGUGAGGAGCUGGAGGCCCAGCUGCUGGAGUACCAGCAAAAUCUGGACAGACUGAGGGAGGGUCAGAGGAGUGUAGAGAGGGAGAAGGAGAAGAUCGAAGCGCAACAGAGACUGCUCCAGAGCUGGAGACAUAGCCGCCAGAGCAGCCUGCCUGUUAUGAUUCCACUGGGUGAAUACAAGGGGUCUACCCACAGCCGCUCAGGGAGCCUGGAUGGCAACAGUUCAGUGUACAAGAAUGAGGCAGCUUUGCUCACCUCACUCCAACAGAACCACCUCCACCAGCCCACCAACAACAACCAGCACCAGCAUCCUCUCUCCAUGCCAAGAAAAAACCACGAAGACCCCCUGCACAGUUCCACCUAUUCGACCAACCUCGGCCUCAGUGCCAGCCUCUACAACAGCCUCAACACCCUGCUGAGCCAGACACACAGCAAACAGCCGCUGGAUGGCAUGACAUACCCGAGCUACAGUAACAGUCAUGACUGUCCUCAGGCCCUGAAUGACUCCAUCCACCCCUUUGGCAGCAGGAUCACUACACACUCACAGGAGACCAACACUUCAAACUUCAGACCAGUGGUGGACAAACAAUCCCCGGAUCUGUGGAGGUCAGAGGUCACAGGGCAUAGACUUUAUGAGGACGGCUUCUCUUCCCCUCACUCUCUUAACCCUCUCCUCCCCCCUCAGGCGUACCUCUCUCUCGAGGGGCAGAAUAGGGAUGAGGGAGUUGAGGAGAACAUUGUUUACCUCUAAAGGUCCAUGAGAGAAAAAUAAACAAUAUAGGCCACCAGUUGUAUACUGAACAAACAGUAAUAUGUCUGUUGCUUAAAUGUGUGUGUGUGCAUAUAUGUCCAUGUAAAUAUGAUGGAUUUAUGUUCAUCUUUUAAAAUCGGAGAGAUCAAAUAUAGAGGUAAUCACAGGGAGAAAGUAUAAACCGACUGUACAGUAUGUGCCUUUAUCAUUGUAUGUUGUGAACUUUAACCAUUCUCCUCCUGUGUGAUCAAACCAUUGUGCCUUUUCACAAACAAGCUCUUUGUAAAUCAGCUUUUAUAUUUGUACUUCUCGUGUUUUCACUUCUACCACAAAUCUUUUAAGUAUCUGUGCACUUGGUUUGCUGACAAAGGUACCUUUGUGCUACAAACCUUUUGACUUCAAAUACAAGAAAGUCAGGACAGAUUAAAAUUGAUGUAAUUUACGUCUUGAGCACUUAAAAUGAAAUAAGAAUAUAUGAGAAGCCAAUCAACCCCUUUUUUAAACUAUAUAUAGAUUAUUUCUCCAAGUGAUCUUUAAUGAUAUUUAUAAGGGAUUGUGGGCCUCUACGAGAAAUAAAAAUAGACCUAUAUUGUGUAUAAAUAUGAAAUACAUGUAUAGUUUUUCGGAGCGGCUACCUAUGCACAAUAUGUUGAAUUGUUUUCUCACUUAAGUGCCAAAAAUAUAUUGCUGUCUGAUGCUGUAAUGUCUGUGAAGAGAGGGUGUAUUUUUUUCCCCCGUUCCUUGAAAUUUCAGAUAAUUUAUUGCUUAAAAAUUGCUUCAUGCACUGUCAACGUUUAUAAGAUUUUGUUUGAAAAUUUGACUUGUAAUCUUCAUAAUCAGAACUGUGUUAUCAUAUUGUG